GUUUUGCGUCUCACCAGCUUCAAGUUUUUCGGGAAGAGAUCCAGUCCGGAUUUUACCGCAGACCUCAGUCACCGUUACCGCAGCAUCCGUCUGAACUGCCUUCAAAUCCAGCCGUACACAGCACUUUUCCUCAGUUUCUUCACCUAAUACACCAAACCUUGACAUUCACCUGCUAUAUAUCAGUAAUUAUCUGCGGGGACCGACCGCUGACCGAGCGGGAUAAAACCCUUUAACCGCGACUAACAGCUUCGCUAAUCUCAGCAUCGGGUUUCUGCGCCAAGAAAUGAUGUGGACACCGAACCGCUGGUGAAAGUGCUCAAUAGUUCGGCUGCACAAGGAUUCACUGGUCAUGCUUUGCUUUGGAGGGACAAGAAGAGACGCUAAAUAAGAAAGGACGAGAGAGUCGAGAGAGGAGAAGUUAGACAGCAGCCGUGAUCAUGUCUCGCCAUCAAAGCCGAGCCACCAGCCUGGAGGAGAAGGGAGCCACGCCCAUCCACAAGAGCUCCACCCCCUCACACAGGAUGUCCACCCCCACUCACAAGAGCGCAUCCUCUUCCUCUUCAUCUCAGAGAGACAGUCGACAGGAGACGGAUAGUUGGGAAAUCAUCGAGGGGCUAAGGAUUGGUCAAACUCAUAUCCAGAGGCCAGAGAAACAUGAAGGUUUUAUGCUGAAGAAGAGGAAAUGGCCUCUGAAGGGCUGGCACAAGCGAUUUUUCGUUUUAGAUAAUGGGAUCCUGAAGUACUCCAAAUCUCCUGUAGAUAUUCAGAAAGGAAAGCUUCAUGGCAGUAUAGAUGUUGGUCUGUCUGUGAUGUCCAUCAAGAAAAGAGCUCGCCGCAUAGAUCUGGACACAGAAGAGCACAUUUACCAUCUGAAGGUGAAGUCUCCAGAUGUUUUCGACAUCUGGGUGUGCAAGCUGCGUCACCAUCGCUUGUUCCGUCAGAAUGAGAUUGUUCGCUCUCCUCGUGAUGCUACGUUACGGACCUUCCCUCCGUCUGCCAGCGCAGAGUCACCCCAGAACACCCCUUCUAGCACACACCAAAACAAGAGUAAACCCAGUAGUCUGCCCUGGCAGCUGCCGCCAUCCUGUAGUAAUGGACAGAGUAAAGUGGCAGCCUGGUUACAGGAGUCAGAGGAGAUGGACAAGUGUGCAGAAGAACUUGCCUACUGCCAGUCUAGUCUUUUAGAAUUGAGUCAACUGCUACAAAGUCUGGAGAUCUUACAAAGGACACAGUCAGCUCCAAACUUCACCGACAUGCAGAGUAACUGUGUAGAUUUGACAAAGAAAGAAAAGCGAGUCAGCAGAAGAUGGAGGACUAAAAGUGUCAGCAAAGAUGCAAAAUUGCAACAGCAGGUUCCCCUGAGUGCAAGUAUGUCUCAAGUGCGUCUCCACUCCUCUAAUCCUAACCUAUGUGUGGAGUUGGCUGAUUUUCAAACCCCUGUCACACGUCUGACUGACAGUAUCGACUGCGCCAGUGACUACAUCAAACUGCAGGAAGAUUUCUGCAUAAUUGCGCAAAAAGUGCACUCUCUUCUGAAAUCUGCCUUCAACACUGUGGCCAUAGAGAAGGAGAAGAUUAAACAGGUGUUGUUGGAACAGGAGCAGACGGGCCAAUCAAAUCAGAUUAUAACCCUCCACCGCUCCCUAUCACAGGCCUUGUCCCAGAAUGCUGAGCUCAAGACCCGUCUGAACCGGAUCCACUCUGAGUCGGUUCUGUCUGACCAGGUCGUCAGUGUCAACAUCAUCAGCAGUCCUGACGAGGCUGGCGAUCCGCUCCAUGUGGGCAUCCCUCUCUCUCAGCAGGUGUCCAAUGAGAGCAGACUCUCCAUGUCAGAGUCAGUGUCUGAGUUCUUCGAUGCUCAAGAGGUGCUUCUGUCCGCCAGUUCAUCAGAGAAUGAGGCCUCUGAUGACGAGUCUUACGUCAGCGAUGUGAGCGAUAACAUUUCAGAGGACAACGCCAGCGUCACAGAUAACGUUUCCAGACAGAUGCCUAAUGGUGAUCUGGCCAGUGGUGCGUUUCGUAACGGUAGACGUACGUGUCUCCCUGCUCCCGCCCCUGACACUUCCAACAUUAACCUGUGGAAUAUCCUAAAGAACAACAUCGGGAAAGACCUGUCUAAAGUGUCCAUGCCAGUGGAGCUGAAUGAGCCCCUGAACACACUGCAGCACAUGUGUGAGGAGCUGGAGUACACAGAACUGCUGGAUAAAGCAGCUCAAACCGAAGACCCCUAUGAACGCAUGGCAAUCGUUGCAGCGUUUGCAGUUUCAGGAUAUUCCUCCACCUAUUAUAGAGCGGGCAGUAAACCCUUUAACCCCCUUCUGGGGGAAACGUAUGAAUGUAUCCGUGAAGACAAAGGAUUCUGCUUCUUUUCUGAACAGGUGAGCCAUCAUCCGCCCAUCUCCGCUUGUCACUGUGAGUCACAGAACUUCACCUUCUGGCAAGACGUCAGAUGGAAGAAUAAGUUUUGGGGAAAGUCUAUGGAGAUUCUUCCCAUCGGAACAGUGAAUGUCAUGCUACCCAGUUAUGGUGAUCACUAUGAGUGGAACAAGGUGACGACAUGCAUCCACAACAUUCUGAGCGGGAGGCGAUGGAUCGAACAUUAUGGCGAGGUCACGAUCAGAAACACCCGCAACACUACCUGCAUCUGCAAACUCACCUUUGUUAAGGGAAACUACUGGAGCUCGAAUGUGAAUGAGGUGCAAGGAUCAGUGAUGGACCAGGAGGGAAAAGUCAUUCACAGACUGUUUGGGAAAUGGCAUGAGGGUCUGUACUGUGGAGUCCCACCUUCAGCCAAAUGCAUCUGGAGACCAGGGUCUAUGCCUACAGAUUAUGAGCUGUACUACGGCUUCAGCAGGUUUGCUAUAGAGCUCAAUGAGCUCUGCCCUGAGCUGAAGGAGCUGCUGCCACCAACAGAUGCUCGAUUCAGGCCAGACCAAAGGUAUCUGGAGGAAGGAAAUGUCCAGAUGGCAUCAGCUGAGAAACAAAGAAUCGAAGAGCAGCAGAGAAACAGGAGGAAGUGGCUUGAGGAGAACAACAUCAAAUACCAGCCGCGAUUCUUUAAGAAGGUUAUGGACAGUAACCAGAGGGAGAGAUGGGUGUCUAACAACACGUACUGGGAACUGCGCAAGGACCCUGGCUUCCUCAAACUAGAAAACCCUCAGCUGUGGUAGAUCCAGAUACCUGUGCUGAUGACGCCUUCACUGCUGACUGCAGAUGCUUACUAUGCAGAACAGGAGCAGCCUGGGACUUCCCUCUAGAUUUGGAUUUUAUCUCCAGAAACGGACUGAAAAACAAAAAACAAACACUCUCUCCUCAUCACUUCGGCAGGCUCCGCCUCCAUAUUCUCCCUCUCCAUAGUAACAGAGAGACAGUGCUGUUGUCAGGGCAAAAGUGAGAGCUGUAGAGCUGUCCACAUGAAGCCGGUUGUGCUUCCUGUUAAGUCCUUGCCUUAAGAAGUCGCAUCUCAACAACAACGUUUUACGCUUUUAGUGAAAUUCCCUUAACUUCUUGGUUUAGAUGGACUGAAUUUGCUCUUGGUGACAUUCUGCAUGUGUAGAUGGCAGCUUUCAUCGGCAAUAUGCUACACGAACUCAUCAAAACUACAUUUAGACAAUUUUAGUGGUAUUUUUGUAAACGACCAAAAGAAGGGAAUUGCUUUGGCAGUUAAAGCUGUGCCGUGACUCAAUCUGUCCCUCCUCAUAUUUGACGGCAGCCAUCAGAGGGGCGGCUCAGUGUGCUGAACAUGUGAUGGUUUUAUAAUUGUGCGCCUCCACCUUUCAAACCCUUUCAAAGAAUCAAGGCUAAAAGAGAGUUCCUGGACCCAACCUGCAACACUGUGCAGAAAGACCACAAAAGACACCCCAGGACUCACUGACUCCUGUAUUUCUGUAGCUGCAACUGUACAUUAGCGCUCUUAAUUUAAAGCAGAAGUGUGACAUUUAUGCACCUCUAAUUGCACCAAAUCAAAUUCAAGAAAUUAUAUUUUCCAAACAGGUUUUACAAGCACUCGCCACCUUCGGAAACACUAGUCAGUGCCCUGCGAAACAGAUUAUUACAGGUAGUUUUCGCCCUGAAGUCACACCAUUGGUUGAGCCAGAAGUCAGACGCACGCUGCAUUUAAAGGGAUAGUUUACCCAAAAUUAAAAACCUGUUAUUUUCUUCCCUCAUCAUUCUCAACCCAUAAGACUUUUCGUUUCGUUUGAAACACAGUAUUUUUAAUAAACCUGAGUGGUGUGUGUCCUUCCAUUGACAAUUUCAGGUAACCAAAGUCAUUGUAAAACAAGCUUCCACGUUUACCAUAUUUGAUGUGCUCUAUGUAUGUGUCGAUCACUGUUUAGGUGUAAAUAAAAGUAAAAAAAUAAAUCAGUUCAUCAUAUCAAGUGGCCAUAUCUCUUCAGAAGAUUUAGAUUAAAAUGCUUGAUAGCUUUAUAACGCCUUUUUUUUGGAUCUUUUAAGUUUUGGUUACCUUGACUUUCAAUGUAAGGAAGAAAACCUCUCAGAUUUCAUUAAAAAUACCUUCAUUUGUGUUUCAAAAAUUAACCAAAGUCUUACAGGUUUGGAACAAGCAGACAUGUACACUGCGAACGUGUACACUGAGUGUUUCAUCGACUCGUUGUUCUGAACAUGAGCUUCACAACAAGAGUGGUGAAGUGCUGCUGCAUACUACAUACUUCAGUGCCCCACAUCUUGCUUACAACAUACUGUUUAGGAGACGGAUGUCAGCAAAGACCUGAGAAGUGUGUGGAAUGGAAAGCUAUCGUAUUGCAUACUACACAGUAUGCUGUAACAUUUCAUGCAGUGUACUACAUUUUCACAUGACUUCACCAUGCGUUUAAUUCAGCAAAGUCCAGAUUUCAUCUAGGAUAUAAAUAGUUAAAAAACUGUUUUUAAAAAUUUGACUUUUGGAAGUCUGAGUAAAUGCUAAUUCAAAAAGAUGUUUAAAAAUCUGUCACGGAAAUGGACGGUGAAGUCAAACAUGAUGCAUUGUGGGAUACAUCAUUUGGCAUACUCAGGUUGUAUACUGCAUUGCAAAUUUGGAACCGCACCCUGCCAUACUAUUCUUACAAUUUCUAGCACAUAUAGAUAUAAAGUAAUAAAAGUAGUAUUCUAGUAUGCGGUUCCGAGUUCAAAACUCCGAAUGAAUCGUCCAGAUAUCUAGUGCAUACUGAAAACUUCUAUGUGCAAACUACAGAAAUAUGUUGCUGAAGUAUGCUAGUAUGCUAAAUAGCAUACUACCAAAUACUGAUUCUGGGUAACUGGAUAUGACUUCUUGAAUUAAACAUGCUGAGAUAAAUCAUGUGACAACAAUGUAGCAGAAUACAUUUGAAUAAUGCAUGCUGUUUUCCAUACUAUUUUUAAAACAAGCAGUAUCCAACAUAGUAUGCAGUAUGUAGUACACUAGUAUUCUAGUGCAAACGGAUAUCUAGUUUCUAACAUUUGACCUAGACCUCAUUCAUCAAACACAAAAUCAUUCGUAAAAUCAUUAUUGUGUAUUUUGUUGAAUUCGAUUCGCCUGUGCAGAUCUGAAUGUUUUAUUUUCUUUAAAUGUAGUUUUUUAGAUCAUUUUAAAGAUUUUUAUUUUAUGUGAGUAGAUUAUAAAAGAAACAGUAGAAUGUCAGUAGAUGUUAAAAAAAAAGAAAAAGCCAAAAACAGUGUAGUCACAGUGACAGAGAUGAUCUCUGCCAUUAGUGGACCCGUACGUCACUGUUUGAGUCCUUCACUGUGCCUUAACGCAUAUGAAACCAUAUCAACACACUCUACUGAGCACAGUCCAUCCCCAGCACCUCAUCUUCUGCACACUGACGCACUUUCCUCCGGUAAGACCCUGCAGAGCCCAACCACACUAUAAAACACAGGCUGCUGGAUAUGAACGGCAGCGGAAACAAACAAGGAGGCCUGAAACUCCGUCUUCACACAGGUGUGCAUCUACUAAACUACGUAUUGAGUUCUUAUAUUGCAGAUACUUUGUGAUCGUUGUUUUUUUUUUCUGUUAAGUUUGACGUUGAGAUGCUUCUUGAAACCGUCUUUAUCCACACAUCAAGAGCUGAUCCGACUGAAUGUUUCUGAAGCUUAUAGAGAAGAUUAUUUUAGAUUUAUCUAGCCUAAGAUGAGAAGAAAUACUGUCGAGUUCCUCGUAGGAAAGGCGUUGUAGUGAGUGCAUCUGCUGUUAGUUUCUCACCAUUGCAUGAAAACAUGUCACGGCCUGCCAAUGAUCUCUGAUGCCUUAUUAAAAUGUCCGUUUAAUUUCUAUCUCGCUAGAUCCUCACUGAGACGUCCUGCACUGUGUGUGGGGGUUUUAUUCGUGUGUUCAGCUUUCCUCUGAAGAAGUGCAAUUGUACGAUGACAUCUCUCUUUGUUCGCAGCUGCUCCAGUGCUCUACUGCUGUACAACUCCUGGUGUGUCAUUAGGACACUCUCCAGACCCGCUGUUUCACAUUUAAAUUCAUAGUAAGAAAUACAUAUUUAUGUUCCAAGUCAU